AUGUUUACCGAGCAAGAAGUCCGUGUGCAGUUGUUGUUGGCUGUAUUUUUCAUAGCUGCACCUACUUACCAAGACGUUGAAGGUAUAAAAGAGAAUAUUCAUCCCUGUAUUUCGUUUUUGCAAGUUAUUUUUAUUAUUUUUACUUUUUUUUAUUUCCCAGCGCUGAGUAUCAAAACUGGAAAACGCAAUUUCACCAUUACUACGCCUGGUCUGUUUGCGUGUGAAAAGGUUUCCUUUGAGAAUCCUUUCAAUGGCGGGCAGGAUGUGAACGUUUUCGUUUCCAAAAACCACGCAACAAACAGUUAUAGUGGUGGAGAUGGCGCGGCUAUUUGGGUGGAAUCUGUGGAUAAUAAAGAAUUUACAGUUUGUGUUUUAGAGUACGGAGAUGGUUCUAGUGGGACUACGAAAGUGAACUGGAUGGCGCUGCAAUCUGUUCCUGUUGGCGCUCAACUAGACACCGUCUCGUUGGAUUCUUGGACCACUGGAGAAAAGUGUAAAAGGAUCGCCUUUGAAAAGGUUACCUCUGUUUCCCCCUGCAUUUUCGUUGAGUCAAUAGUUCUUACUGAUUUAAGUAUUUCUGUUUGCUCAAACCUAGACACAAGAUUUCACUACGUUAUUUUUUGAGCUUUGCUUAACUAAGUGGCUUUAACUUCCUCUUUCUUUAUUUAGCUCGUAGGAGCUGCAGACUUUCCAGUUGACUUCUUCUUUAUAUCUUAAAGUCAUGCGAUAUAACAUUGUUGCAUUAUAAAAUACGAUUCUUUAUUCGUUUACCAAGAUCUUACAUAUAUUGCUACCUCUAUUUCUUCCAUCAAAGUUAUCUUGCAAUCUGUCCUCCACUUUUCUUAUCAUUUCAAUAUUUUUAUUUACAUUAAUACAUCUUUAAAAAGGUUUAACAAUCUUCAUAUUUUUGCUAAUUUUUGCUCUAAAAAAUUAGUGAGAAAGUCUAUAUUCCGAUUCCUUUUGUGUCUACGUUGCCAAGUUCAUGAUUAUCGUUUUAUUUGCUGAUUUGCAAAUUCUGUGUUUUAUUCGUAAAACUGUUCUUAGUUUUUUAUCUGCACUAGGAAAUUCCAUCCAAUUUGCUUCUUUCAAGUUCAAAAUACCCUUGUUUGAAAAAGAAAUGUAAUUGAUUAUUUAUUUUCUUCUCUAUUACUUUUUGAGCGUUUCUCAAUUACUCCGAGCAUCUACGUAACAGCUCGUCACCAAAUUCUCAAGAGACCUCAGGACGCCUUGGCAUUGUGGGUAGAGGAUGUACGCAGAGACAGUUUUAAGGUUUGCCUCAGGGAAACUAAGAUUUUUGAUGGUCUGCAUAAAACCAUCAAGGUGGUAAGUGAAUUCCUUUUGUUACCUGUUACAUGUUUAAAAGUAGACUCACACGACGACCAAGCGGUUCCUCCCUUGCUGCAACUUACAGGGGCUGUGCUCUAGCAGAACCCAGUUGCCUCAGAGCUCUACCUUUGCUCUUUGCCUACUAGGAAAUCGUAGCUUUUUUCAUAGAGAUCCUAUGUUGGGUACCCUGUAAUUUACACAGGUUCAGAGAAAUGGGCUCCCUUCUCUUAGAAACAACCUUGACUUGAGAAAGAAUAUAUUGAUAACAUUGUUAAUACUUUUUCACUCGUCCUUCAGGACUGGAUAGCAUUUGUUAAGCUGAUGACGCUAAAUUCUACCUUGAUCCACGGCCUUGUAACAACAAAGAAUAACUCACCACUAAACAAGCAACAAAACAACGCUGUCUGUCAGGUAAAGUAACUAAUGAACUAUACUGUUUUGGUUUCUUAGUCACUUAUAUUCAUAAAUAGAAAAUCUUUCAUAAGUUGAUGGAGCUCUACUGUUGUUAUCGUCAACUAUUUAAACAACAUAUAUCAUAUACCGCAUAUGUGUAGAAAAACUUAAUAACGCUAAUUCUUUUCUUGUUUUUUUAGAUAAUAAAGUUUACUGAUGCUUUCUAUGUUCCUCCGGUAGUAAUAGUUUCACCAAGACUCAGUUACCAUAACAACAACUCCCGUUUCUCGGCUUCCGGAACUUGUAACGUAGUUACUGCGUGGAUUCAGGUAACAUAUAUGAAACUUGGAGCCAUUUUUCUUAGUCCAUUGCGUCCUUAGGCUGCCUUCUUAUCUUUUCCCUUCGAACUUACUUUUAGCAUUGUCUCUGUUUUAAUUUUUCAUGUCGUUUAAGGAGUCCAAAAAAGUUUUUUUUGUUUUGUUUUUUUCCAAUUUUUCCAACCAACCUGUGCACGCCACGGUUUCGCUUUCUAAACGACCUUGGUGUACCUAGUGACAUAGUAGCUGAGGUAAGAAAAUACCUGAUGAUGCUUAAUGAUUGAUAAUCUGAUACUUCUUUUGAUUGUGUCUAGCAUACCUUUACAAACGAAACCGAGGUGUGUAUGAGAAGAUACAGCAAUAACGCCAAUUAUAAGGACAUCGUACAACUGGAUUACCUGGUGAUUGGAGGUACGUAAACAAUUUAUCAAAACCUUGGUGAAGGCUGUAUGCUGCAAUGUAUCAAGUACAUUUUAUGACAUGAAUCUUUUGAAGUCGUUUCAUGAAGAGCUUUAUUUCUCUAAUUAAUGCUAUUUUUUGUUGUCUCUUUUUUGGGGGAUUGUAGAUUUGGUUGACUGAAAGAACACGUUACUACAAUAACUUCGUCCCAACACUUUUGCGUAUUCAAGAAAAUGAGGGUUUUUAGAAAAUUUUAAAGUCUAAAUUUCUUUGGCACACUGGUUCUCCUGAUCACGAAAUUAACAGGCUCAUAUGUGAUGUCAUAAGACAAAAAUGCAGGAACUGAAAAACGGGAUCAUAUGCAUUCUUGUCCUUUUCUUAGAAUCGCCAGUGUUCUUGCAUUUAACUGUAAUGCACCUUAUUAGCAUCUUAAAUCUGUUUCAGCUUGUAAAUUGGACGAAAUUUUUGUAAAAUACACAGUUGUUUUCUUGUAUCUAAGGUCACGUGUUCUUUAAUUUACGUUAUAGUUUCUUAAUAUACGUCAGGGCUCCUUUGUUUCCGAGAGGCAUCCGAGUGAAGACUUACACUCAAAAAAAUUCUCUUUAAUAACAUUGUGUUCAAAGCACUUUUUUUUUCGCUCACGUUCUCAUAGUAAUGUGCAUUUUCAAUUCCAAAAAAAUAAUUUUUAAGGUAUGGGCACUUUAAAUCUAAUCUGUUGUUAUUUGCUUAAUUUAUCUUCAGACUUGGAUCCCUGCAUAGACGUUACGUGUCAUUUUCACAGCUUUUGUAAGGCGUUUGGAUCCCAUGAUGCACGCUGUGUAUGUGUGGAUAGCUGCCCAUCUUACAAAGAACCCGUUUGCUCAUCAAAUGGCACAACAUACGAUAACAGAUGUUUGUUUGAAAGUGAAGUUUGUCUACAUCGACUAAACUUAACCGUGCAACAUCCUGGCAGCUGUGAAGGUUAGUACAGUUGUUUUUGAAUCUGCUAAAAAGUGAUAUUUGUUUUUACUAGAUUUCAGUAUUAAUCGCGUAGCGAAUGUUUUGAAUGAGCUAUUUACUUACCCAUGUAAUCUAGAGGGGAAAACGGCGAUAGAUGCGUGACUUUACGUAAGUACAGAAUUUUACGUAAUUUUGCUAAAACGUUUGACAGGAGCAAUGCUAAUAAGAAUACUGGUCAAAAAAGUCGUCGUCGUCGUCGUCGUCGUCGUCGUCGUCGUCGUCGUUUGCAGUUCGUACUGGGACGUAGCUCUGCCUAACAUAUCUGGAUAACCUUCCCUAGAGUUAUAUUUUUUUAAGCAUAACUGGAACUGAAUCUUUUCUCAGCGAGAAGUAGUAGUUACAGUGGAUGUUCACUUUCCUUUCCUUUAGUGCUAAUAGGCUUGACCAUUUGCACCAUGUAGCUUUGCUCAAGAUGCAAGUUCUAAUCUCUCCAUGACUGCUUGCUAUGCUAUUGACCUAAUUCAGUGCCAAGCGACACAUUGUCCGCUGUGAACUUCCCCCAGGACUUCUAUGGUAGAGAGUAACAAGCUCUUUCUAAGAACCACUCAUUUGCUGCUUUGUUAACAUUUUUAAGUUCUGGGUAAGUGCCCUUUGCCCUGCAUGCUUGUGAUACUAAUCUAUAGUUCAUCUUGAAAUGUUUUUUCUAGGAUAUCCUUUCCAGCGUGGUCGUCGCCACAUGCCACAUAUUCCAUCCUUGGGCUACUCUCACUGUCAUGCCAUUCAUUUCAAAUCGUUUGUGUUUUACCCUGACAAACCCAUUCAAGUGCAGAUAACUAUCAAUCAUAUGGAUACCAGUGACAAAUCGUAUGUCCAUGACGCGGCAGUAUCGUGGGUUGAAAAUGUGAAUAACGACGGAUUCACUGCCUGUGUGAUGGCUGCAGGAUAUAACGAACGAAAGUCGUAUGCUAACGUGACAGUUGAUUGGAUGGCGUACCAAGGUGCUCCAGUGGGUGGCGUGACUGGUGAAGUGCGCAUGUCACAGUGGUGGACUGGUACGACUUGUGCGACUGUCAUGUUUCCUACAGUGAGUGGCCGUUGUUGGGUUUUCUUGUCCUUUACAUUCUGUUCAAGAUCAUAUCUUUUGAAACGCCUCAUUUCCACUGAGGUCACUCAGUUAAUAACAUAUGGUUUUUAAUAUGCAUCAGUAAUGAUUUGUCGUUUUGGUGUAGCUUUACACUUAGGACCAUUAGAUCGAACAAUGUCAUGGUAUUAAAAAUUAUUCUUUUACCAAUUUCCAGCAUAUCACAAAUGUCAUGGGUUCCUUUUUGCAAAAAUACGAAAUUGAUUCCUGUCCGUGGCUUUCUAAGAGUUAAGAGUUGCCUAACUCGGAUUUAUUUUUCAGGGAAAAUUCUCUGUGAUACCGUCGGUAUUUGUGACUGCCAAACAUUACAAUCCAGGAUUAAAACGUGACGCAGCAAGCGUAUGGAUUGAAGAUGUCACACAAUCAUCCUGCAAAGUUUGCUUGAGAGAAUUGCAAAACUACGCUGGAUCACACCAAGACGUUGUUGUUGUAAGUAACGCUAAUCUCAUGGAAUCGAACGAACAGCGUUUUUCGUUGGAAACUUAGUGCGGCAUACUGGUAUCUUUCUCCAUCUCAUCUUUUCGCUUUUUUACGCUUCAAGCAGUUGGUCCCGCAGAGAUGCACGAUUUUUUGCUUGAAAAUAUAUUUCCCUCCAUUUGUUUCCUCUUCAUCCGGCUUUGUCAACCCAACCAUGUUAUUGCUUUCUUGUAACCUAAGAUUUCUGUGGCUGUUUUAUAUAAACCUUGUUGAGAGAUUACCAUUUUAUUUUCGGCGUUGACACAAUCUUUUUGCAGUUGGGACGUGAGACUGAAAAAGAAUUCUUUCUUUUCAUUGUUAUUUAUUUAUUGAUUGAUUGAUUGAUUUACUUUAUUUCAGAAUUGGUUAGCGUUUUCAUAUCUUGACGAGCCUCCCUUCUCAGAACACAAUUCGAUUUACUUUUCGAAUGAUAAACCUCCCGCUCAGAGUCAUUAUAAUGCCUUCUGCAAGGUCAGUAUUCCAGUCCUUUCAUUAGUCUUUUGGGUUUCAGUUCCCGUCACAGUGCAGUUAAUUUUAUUGAAUAAAUUUACAAUCAGAGAGCAAAAGAAAACGGUUCCCCUAUCAUGUCUCUAGUGAUGGUAGUUGCAUUUAAUCAGUUUAUCAGGCUGCCUGUCAUAUUUCACUAAACAUUUAAAAUGAAAAUGAAAUGUAGAUUAUAAAUGCCCUAAUGUGGAACAAGUCUUUACCUUUUUAUAAAUGUCAGAGACUGAAGUUUUACAAUUAUGUAAUUUCUUUUCACAGGACGGUAAUUUUACUAAAGUUUAUAACUCAACUCCACAUGUGUUUGUUUCUGCCAAUCAUUCCACCAAAAAUGGAAGUCAGAGUCCAAUUCAUAACAGCAUAGCUGAGUGGGUAGAGGUAUGUUUUUAAUUUUUAAUUUAAUUAUUUUCUUUUUCAUUUAUUUUAUGAAUUUCUGUAACAUACUGCUUGCAACCACACUUUCAUGUGUUGUGUACAUGUUUAAAAACCUUAUGAAAAUACGAAUGACUGUAAUUAACACUCUCUAUUUUACAAUACAGAUAGCGUUCUAUUGAGAAUAACAGCUUAUAGAAUACAAAACGUGCGAAAAACAGCACAAAAGUUAAAUUUUAUCCGUUUAACUAACGAUCUGGCAUAACCCUUGGUUAGUAAAAUGGCCAUGAAUUAUGGAAAGUCGUUAAACUAUGUUUAAAAAGAAGCUGUGUAGCUGUAUAGCAGAAGGUAAGCAAAUGUUGUCAAACAAAAAGCAAUGAGAAAACUAAAAUUGAUGUUAAGCAAGAGACAAUGAGCUAAGAGAGCGAAUUCCUGUGACCCAUGAUGAUUAUUUGAAAUCUAUUGAAAGUACGCACGCGUGUGAUGAAGGUUAUUUUUAUCUGCUGUUUCCUUGACCCGCGCGGUCUACUUUCCCGUGAACGCGACAUAUUUUGCCGGCAAACAUUUGAAGUUUGACAGCAGCUAUAGCAAUUAUCGCAUGAGAGGUUUAAGUUGUUGACAUGUAAUAACGCGCACUCCAUUGUCCGCUUUCCCCUUCCCUUUGAAGCCCUGUCAUGCAAACUUGUUGAACAGGGUUGAUCACUUCUUAACAUGUCUUCUAGUCAAGACCUACCUGAACUGUUCUAUAGUUUUUUUUUUCUACUAGCAAGGGAGAAAAAACGCCGUCCGCCGUCUGUGUGAACCACUUAAUGACCUGAUAAACAUCCCUUUCUUGCAGUACAUCAACAAGACAGGCUUUCGUGCUUGUGUCAAAGAAUUAUAUGAAGCAAAAUAUGACCCAUUGUCAGUAACGUACACAGUUUUGUCAGGUAAGAGCUCUACUGCUACAAAACUAAUAAACUUCAGUACUUACAACUCUCUGAAUAAAAAAAAAGGAAUACAAGCAAUACACAAAAGGAAUACACAAAAACUGGAGGAAAUAUAAUAAAAAUUGCAUUCGGGUGAUGAUGAAAAACAACGUUCAUCCCCUUUUCCAAAUACAUAUUAAUGUGUAUAAUGGAGUGCUUUAUAAUACUUGCAGUUAUUUUUGUCUUAUGUAUUGCCUUUUUUUGCCGUGAAAAAAAGCUUCUGCUUUUCCAUUUCCUUUUUUUUAUUGCCAAAAAAAAAACGGAAAUAACAAAAAUGUUCGAAGCACAUAACUGCACCUAAAGCUAUACAUUUUAAGCAAUGUCAUUUUGCAGUUCACUAAUUCCUACUUUGUAUACGCGCAGACAUCUGUCCAUCUGGAUGGGAUUACUUCAAUGGAUACUGCUAUUUAACAAGCUCCGUAUGCGCUCCUUGGGUGACUGCUGUGUCCAACUGUUCAGCAAUGAACUCAUAUCUGGUAACAGUGCACAACCAAGAAGAAAAUGUCUACAUUCAGCACCGUCAUAAUGGAGAGCGAUCAUGGGUUGGACUUAAUGACCGAAGCUUUGAGGGAUCAUUUGUCUGGACAAACAAGGAAAUAACCAGUUUUCGGUUCUGGGCUCCGCAACAACCAAACAACUGGAAAAACGAAGACUGUGUUCACACUCUGGGUGCCAAUAAUGGCUACACUUGGAACGAUGUGUCCUGCGAUAACUGCUAUAACUAUACUUGUGUUCAAGGUAAAAGCGGUCACCAGGUCCGUUUUACAACUUACAUUAAAUGAUCUGUUAGUUGGCACCUGAGGUAAUCUCGGGGGUUGUGGCUCACGUCAAUAUUUAAUGCCAGGAAUGUAACCAAAACAUCAAAAAAGCCAUCUAAUGUAAACGCGCAUGGAUGUAGUAUCAUCUUUCAGUCAUAGUAGAGGAAACGGAAUCAAAGCUUAAGAUUUUAACAAAGGUGCUGCAGUUUAUGUUGGUAGCUAUCUCCUUUUUUUCACAAUAAAUGAAUGCUCAAAAAAGGGGGAGGGGGCACCUGUACACAGGCUAGGUUUUUAUUGGUGAAAAGGAUCAAAAUGAUAAGAAUGUCAUUACCAAUUUGGGUAAUGGAUUCAUGAUAACCGUCGCGAAUAUAGAGACAUUCCUUGGUGCAGUUGGAGUAGUUAGUGUAGUUGGUGUAGUCAGCGUAGUUGCUGUAGUCUGUGUAGUUGGUGUAGUUAGCGUAGUUGCUGUAGCUGGUGUAGUUAGUGUAGUUGCUGCAGUUGGUGUAGUAGGUGUAGUUGGUGUAGUUAGUGAAGUUGGUGUAGUUAGUGUAGUCGGUGUAGUUAGUGUAGUUGCUGUAGUUGCUGCACUAGCUGUAGUCGGUGUAGUUAAUUAGUUGGUGUAGUUGGUGCAGUUGGUGUAGUAGCUGUAGUUGGUGUAGUUAGUGUAGUUGGUGUAGUUGGUGUGAUAGCCGUAGUUGCUGUAGUUGCUGUAGUUGGUGCAGUAUGUGCAGCUGGUGUUGUUACGUUAGUUGGUGUAGUUAGUGUAGUUGCUAUAGUUGGCGUAGUAACUGAAGUUGGUGUAGUUAGUGUAGUUGCUGUAGUUGCUGUAGUUGGUGUAGUUAGCGUAGUUGCUGUAGCUGGUGUAGUUAGUGUAGUUGCUGUACCUGGUGUAGUUAGUGUAGUUGCUAUGGUUGGUGUAGUUAGUGUAGUUGGUGUAGUUGGUGUGAUAGCCGUAGUUGCUGUAGUUGCUGUAGUUGGUGCAGUAUGUGUAGCUGGUGUUGUUACGUUAGUUGGUGUAGUUAGUGUAGUUGCUGUAGUUGGCGUAGUAACUGAAGUUGGUGUAGUUAGUGUAGUUGCUGUAGUUGCUGUAGUUGGUGUAGUUAGCGUAGUUGCUGUAGCUGGUGUAGUUGGUGUAGUUAGUGUAGUUGCUGUAGUUGGUGUAGUAGGUGUAGUUGGUGUAGUUAGUGAAGUUGGUGUAGUUAGUGUAGUUGGUGUAGUUAGUGUAGUUGCUGUAGUUGGUGUAGUAGCUGUAGUUGGUGUAGUUAGUGUAGUUGCUGUAGUUCGUGUGAUAGCCGUAGUUUGUGUAGUUGGUGUAGCUGGUGUAGUUAGUGUAGUUGCUGUAGUUGGUGUAGUAUGUGUAGCUGCUGUAGUUAGCAUAGUUGCUGUACCUGGUGUAGUUAGUGUAGUUGCUGUGGUUGGUGUAGUAGCUGUAGUUAGUGUGGUUGCUGUAGAUGGUGGAGUUACUGUAGCUGGUCAGGAAACCAUAACCCGCAGCGUUCAACUGCCAUAAAUUCGUGUAACGGCGUUUUUUACAAGUGAGUUUAUUUUUAGAUAAGCUUUUCCCGCGAAAAAUGACUGUUGCCGUUGACGUCCGCAUCAAUCAAGGUAAAAAAAUGGUGACUAAUUUUGGUCCAUCGCGAAUGCGUUGCGUUCUAUAUGUAAUUCCGUUCUUCUUUGCGUGAAUUAUGCGUUGUCGCCGAUGAAGUAGCCGUCCUGGGCUCUUCUACGUUUUGCAGAUCUUCCUCUGAACUGCUAGUUUCCGUGAAAAUACUGAAAUUGUCGCUUGAAGUACUGUCAGAAGAGUCCUCUGAACACUCCUCACGCGUUUCUGCCAUGCUUUUUUUUUUCAAUGUGAAGAGCUGUCCUGGUUACGUAUUAAAAGUUUAUUAUUGCUGACGCAAUUGCUUGUGAUUAGCUUUUCCAAAGCAAUUCGCGGGAAAGGCUUAUCUAAAAAUAAACCCACUUGUGAAAACGCCGUUGCAUAGGCGCAGUAUGGAAGUUAGACGCUCCGGAUUAUGGGCUCCUGAGCUGGUGUAGUAGUUGUAGCAUGUGUAGUAUGUGUAGUUGCUGUAGUAGCUUUAGUUGGUGUAGUAGUUGUAGUUGGUGUAGUUAGUGUAGUUGCUGUAGUUGAUGUAGUAGCUGUAGUUGGUGUAGUUUUGUGUAGUAGGUGCAGUUUGGUGUAGUUUUGUGUAGUUGGUAUAGUUUGGUGUAGUUUUGUGUAGUUGGUAUAGUUUGGUGUAGUUUUGUGUAGUUGGUGUAGUUCGGUGUAGUUGGUGUAGUUUGGUGUAGUUGGUGUAGUUUGAUGUAGUAGGUGUACUUUGGUGUAGUAGGUGUAGUUUGGUGUAGUAGGUCUAGUUUUGUUUAGCUGGUGUAGUUUGGUGUAGUAGGUGUAGUUUUGUGUAGUUGGUGUAGGUUGAUGUAGUUUGGUGUAGUUGGUGUAGUUUGGUGUAGUUACUGUAGUUGCUGUGGCAAAUUAAUGGUGGUGAUUUGUUAACACCUCUGAAAUCUAACGCAACUUUCUGAGGGUUGCUUCUUUGAGAGGCUCGUUACUUUCCGAAACUUUACGGUAAUAUACCGAUGAGGUGAUUUAUUGCUGCGAUCAUCUACCCAACAUAAUGCAAAAGAAAUCUAAAAAUAACUUUACCCGUUGAAAGCUUUAUAAGAAGGUAAAUCAAUUAUGAUAAUAUUUCAAAAUAAGCGAGUUAACAAAGCAACAUCAUUUCAUUAAACAAACAACAACAACAACACCCUCAACAUAAAAUAUAUAUAUAUAUUAAACAGAGAAGGCGCCAAUGACACACACAACAUUUUUUUUGGUGUUCACGUAAGUUAGGAUUUACGUAAUUUUGGUUAUUAUCUGUUAGAAUAAAUCUUGUAUAACCACAAAAACUGCAACAACUACACCAAACUACAGCAACCACACAAACUACACCAGAAAUACACUAACCUACACCAAAAUACACCAACUACGCCAAACUAUAGUAACUACACCAACCACAAUAACUACACAUAAUACAGCAACUACACGAACUACACGAACUACAGGAACUACACCAACUACAGCAACUAUGCUAACAACACCACCUACAGCAACUACACCGACUACAGUAACUUCAGCAACUACAGCUACUACGCGAACUACAGUAACAACACAAACUAUAGUAACUUCAGCAACUACAGUAACUACAGCAACUACACUAACUACACCAACUACAGCAACUACACAUACUACAGCAGCUACAGCAACGUACUACACCAACUACAGCAACUACAGUAACUCGCAAACUAUAGUAACUACAGCAACUACACAUACUGUACAAACUAUAGUAACCACAGCAAUUACACCAACUACACAUACUACACCAACUACACAUACUACACCAACUAUACUAACUACACUAACUGCAGCAACUACACCAACUACACAUCCUACACUAACUACACCAGCUACACAUACUACACACCGACUACAGCAACUACACUAACUGCGGCAACUCCACCAAUUACACAUACUACACAAACUACAGCAACUACGGUAACUACACAACUUAUAGUAACCACAGCAACUACACAUACUACACCAACUACACUAACUACACCAACUACAGCAACUACACUAACUACAGCAAGUACACAUACUACACCAACUACACUAACUACACUAACUACGCAUACUACACGAACUACAGUAACUACAGCAACUACAGUAAUGACACAAACUACAGCAACUACAGUAACUACACAAACUAUAGUAACUACAGCAACUAAACAUACUACACCAACUACAUUAACUACACCAACUACGGCGACUACACCAACUACAGCAACUACACUAACUACACCAACCUACUACACUAACUACAGCAACCACACUUACUACAGCAACUACACAUACUACACCAACUACAGUAACUACAGCAACUACACUAACUACACCGACAACACUAACUACACCAACUACAUCAACUACACUAACUACACUAACUACACCAAACAUUAACUUAUCAUACUACACCAAGUUAUCAACUUUGUUCCACUAUGCUAAAUACAUCUCUAUAUUCGUAACGGUUAUCAUGGAUCUAUUACCGAACGUUUCACACCGUCGGUUGAGUCCAAAAUCCUCUAACAAAAAACAUACUGGUAUAAUAAAGACGCUUGUAGGGCUUCAUAGCCAUUCCACUUUUAUUAACUUUGUUUCAGUUUAUGUUUGAAACCUGACCGACUAUGUCAAGGUGAAAAUGGGCACGCGACCGAGCUUAUUAGACAGUUGUUAAGGUGUCAUAACGUGAGAUGGAAGCAUUGUGUCCAGUGUUUGGUAAAAUUCAAAGUAAUUUCGCUUUUUCUUUUCAAGAGAUUUAUGAUGAAUUCAAGUUGGGAAUAUCAUUUCAGAAAAUAAGCACUUAGCAAAGUCAUCAACUAUAGAACAUGCGAGUGAAUGAAAAACCGUGAUUUCUUUUAGAAAUUGACGAAUGCACAACUAACUAUCACAGAUGUAAUGUGAAUGCUGCUUGCCAGAAUACCGUGGGCUCAUACAAAUGUACUUGCAAAGCUGGAUACUCUGGAAAUGGCCGCAAAUGCGUUGGUAAGUACUGAACUUUGCUUUAAAUAUCUUCCAUAUUUUGCCCUUUUGCUUCGCAAACUGACCGACUUAGUUGUCCUCUGUUCUGAUUUUAUUUAUUAAAUUACAGACUAAAUAAAUAUGCUUUAUAGUGUAUGUACAGAACUGUUGUUAUUUUCUUUAUCUUUUGUGGUCAAAACUUACUGAUAAGCCCCUAGUGGGUAUUUAAUCGGAAUUUUGAGCAGUAAAAGAAUACUUGCACUAAUGUGUGCACUCUAAAUCAGACAGAUCUGUUUUAGCCCUAAAAAUACGGCCGUUUCGGUAAGUAAAAUACAGUCCUAUUUUGGAGUCUAAUUUGGCGCCCUUAAAUCAGGGCUAAUACAGUCCAAUUAGCUAGGGCUGAUUUGGGCCCAGGGCUGAAAUGAGCCCUAACGUGGGCUGGAAUAGCCUUUUGAUUGAGCUUUUUUGGCCUACAUUGUGUUCAAAUGGCUCCAGGAAGGGCUGAAUCAGACUUCGGCCUGCAGGGCUGAAUUGACACUAAGGCUGAAACAGAUCUUGUUAAUUUCCAGUGUGUAACAACCUUUUACACGAGCUUACACGAAUUUUCAUUCCUUUAAUCAAAACAAUUACGAACUUCCGUUUGGGGAUAUAUUUGUUUUGACUUUAAGAACUCCACUGGUAAUAACGUAAAAGUUUGUUUUGGUUUGAAAAAAACUCGAAGAUGAAAAUUUCACUUUUAGACCUCAAGGUCGCCCCAAUUCAGACUGAAGGCAAUAAAAAAGCCCCAAGCAGUCUGACAUGUCUGAAUAGAGGAAAGUCGGGGGGAAAUGUCAAGGAAGGUAUUGCCUUGUUGUUUUCGGCGGAUGAAAUCAAUGUUUUAUAAUUUGUCUUUGUUUUUAGAAAUCGACGAGUGUAAGAGCAAAACCAAUAACUGUGACAAAAAUGCGUUAUGUAAGAACACUGAGGGGUCUUUUACAUGUACCUGCAAUCGCGGUUACAAGGGAGAUGGGAAGAAGUGUAGAGGUAUCUAUCUAGCGCUCUUUAAAGGUGGCUUUCCACCGUCGCGUAAUUUUUAAGCGCGCAGGUGCAUUAGUUUUAUGUACCUUUAUAAAAUGAGGGCUAUGUAUCAAAGGUUACGUGUAAACGUAAAAGUUAAACCUCCCUCAUCUUUUACACGCGGCCUUUCAUACAUUGCCUUCAGGGCCCUGACUGCCUCUAUGAUAUUUACGCGUGGUUUUUCUCUUUGUUAGUUCAAAAACCACACAGCAGUUCAAUAAGUACACAACAGAUCAAUAACCACACCAGUAGUUCAAUAACCACACAUUAGUUCAUUGAGCGUAAACUACAUGUAGCUGCGGGAAAAAUAGCCACAAAUACGUUAGUUAUUUUUUAAUAAGACUGCGUAGCAUUAACAAAGUGGUAAAUACUCAUUUAGCUACGGUAAUAGAACUAAACUGAUAAAUAGCUAUGUUAAACUGUUAUUAAGUUUUACUGGGCUCACUAAUAUAGACAGGAACACAGACUGAUGUUAAUUUAAAAAUUUUAGUCUGCUCAGAAGGUCUGUCAUUCUCGUCAGGGGCACAGUGAACAGACCUGGAAAGAGAGUCAGUGCCGAAAAGGGAAUUACACGCGUACAUUUUACGCACAUAAAUAUUACGCGGCAGUGGAACUCCACCCUAGGUGUUCUUAAUCACCUAACGAUAGUUUAUUCAUCCAACACAUUGGUUCAUUCCAUUGCUCGUAUUUAUUCUCCCUGGCACCAGUUGUUCAAACGUUGGAUGGCGCUUUACAUCGGAUAAAUCACUACACAGUGGAUAAGUAUUAGUAAAACUAACUGCGCUAUCUACUGGAUGGUGAUUUAUCUAGCGGAAAGCGUUAUUCAGCUUUUGAACAAAUUGUCCAGGUAAUUUUAUAACACUAGCAUAGCCACACAAGCCAUCGCGUUCAUCUGUAACGUAGAUUUAAAAGAAUAGAAUGUAAAGGAAGAAUUAUCCGUUUACUUGCCUUGUAAACGUAAAAUAAGUGCAAUUUUAUGAUUUUCAUUUAGAUAUCGACGAGUGUACAAGCAAAAUCCAUAACUGUAACAGAAAUGCGUUAUGUAAGAACACUGAAGGGUCUUUCACCUGCACCUGUAAACCUGGUUACAAGGGAGAUGGCAAGAAGUGCAAACGUAAAUAUCUCAGUAGAACACGCAAUUAUCGCAUUCUCUGCUUUUAAUUUAUUAGACUGAGGCAAAUACAUUUGCCGUGGAUUCUUAGCUAUGAACUGGAACUAGCCUACAGUACAGGCUUAAGCCGGGGAAUCUGUUCUUAUUUUUAAUGAUUUUCCUCCCUAGUAGCCUCAACUGUAAGUUGAAUUCCAGCAACAGGAAUCACUGCUCAUCUGAAUGAAUAAAGCAAGAUCCGGGAAGCAGAUUACAAGUAUAUUAUUACUAUUUUAAGUCUCUUUGAAAACGAUUGCAGGCGCAUUCUUCACAGUUGAUCUCUAAUGUUGAUUUCUAUUUUGUUGUAGCGACACGCGGGCUCGUUUCCUACGAUCCCGCUCAAUCUUGCAAAGAAAUCAAGGACUUAGGUACCUCCAAUGGCGACAGGGAGUACUGGAUUGACCCUGGAAGGACUAAUAGUCCUUUUAAGGCGUAUUGUGACAUGACAACUGACGCAGGUAUGGUUUGAGUUGAAGCUAGGGGAAACCCAUUUUUUCUAAAGUAAGUUCAGGAAAUUCUCAAUACCUACCUUGAUCUAAUACCUAAAAACAUGGCAAAAACAGCAAAACUACAUCUCAUACUUGAAGAAUAUCUUCAAGACAAAGCAUCCCCUUGGAUCCUGAAUUUGCCGAGGAACAGGCACGUGAAAUCCAUCAGUUUAUCAAUUUUUCUUAUAACUUUCAAGUGUUACGAUGGAGAAGUUGUUUAAAUGAAUAAUAACAUGCAUUUUUUGCGCCAAGCCUCUUUUUAGUAUCAAUUUCAGACUAGCACGCACCUAGCGAGUCACGAAUUUCUUAGUCUCAAGUUCCUAGUUCUGUACAGUAGCGCAAACGAUCCCCAAAGUAGACCGUAAAUGAUCCCCAUUGUCGACCGCAAGUGAUCCCGUGACAAGUAGAGGACUGGAAUACUGUUUUAGGCAUGGAUGGUGAAUGUGCUGAGAGUUUGCACAUCGCGUAGAACAAUGAAUAAAUAAAACUGUUUCUUUUGGUAUUUUUUUCUCCUUUCGUUAUUCAAGCAUUUGAUGUUUCGUUGCGGUGAAGAUUUAGGACCGGAAGGACGUUAAGAAGGAAAUUUUUCUUUCAUUUUAACGCCUAGGAAUAGGGAAAUAUGACCCCGGAAUAUGAUCCCUGUAUUUAUCACUCUGUACAGGUUUUUGGUUUAUUUCGAAAUACGCUUAGAAACUACAACUCGUGAAAAUGUUGCGUCUAGUGGUAAGAACCCUGUCGGCGCAAACCUGUAUAUUCAUUUUCCGUGCCUUUACUGCUGGAGACACAGACAGUUACAAAGAUACAACAUUAGGGAAAGAGAAACGAAGGAACGAUUAAGUGGAAAAUUUUGUACCCAUGAGAAAAGAAUUAUCUUUAUGGGGUUCAGUGUUCUAGAGCGAGCUUUAUCUGGGGUCGUUUUCAGAGAGUUUCGCGGUUACAAAAGUUAUCAUUUUCUAAAGUUCAUACCAAGUAUCCGAAAGAUCGGAUUUGAGCAAUUUUUUCUUAUUGCAUCUAAUUGUUCUACAGAAUGUGAGGUUUAGUUCAGUUAAGCUUUAAUGUUAACCAGCAAUUAGGCAGAGCUAUUGUUUUACUGGUUGCAUUUACGUUCUUUUUUUGUUUGCAUUUAUUUGUGUAAUGUUCAAGGUUUCUUUCUUUUUCAGUCUUGGCAUUUAUUUGUUAAAUUAAUUCAGUUGAAUUAAUUCGUUUUGUUGCGAUAAUAAACGUGACACGAUGAACCAGUAACUUAAGUCCAGGCCAUUCUCGGAUUUUCCUCUCGGGAUCAUUUGCGGUCGACAAUGGGGAUCAUUUGCGGUCCAUUUUGGGGAUCAUUUUCGGUCUGAGGCUCAUUUACGGUCGCGCGGGAUCAGUUGCGGUACUGUACAGUUCGCCUGAGUUAUAUUGUAAAACAUUGAUAAGGCUCACAGCGGCUAGCCUCCCAGGUUUUUAGGAGUUCGUCACUCGUUCCUGCCCAUGGGAGGCUACAUCUGGGUUUCCGCCGUGUGAAUUAUUUUGAACUAAACAUUACUGCUUGUUUUGGCCCACAUGACUUGAUAAACCAAUGAUAAACAUUUAUCGAAUUUCAGGGGGAUGGCUUCUUGUAUCCAACGUUGUUUCGCACGGUUCAUCUCCCACUCAGUUGCCAGUUAAGACAUCGUAUCGCGGAGUAAGCAGCAAAGAGAUGGUACUCACAAAAAGCGCCAUGAGGGAGCUGAGAAAUCACUUGCAUUUCACUCGGAUAAGAUUCACCUGCAAAAAAAGAGGAGGUCGUACAUUUCACAUCACCACGGCUGCUAACAGUACAGGUGAAGCUGCUGUGAAAUACCUCAGUGGUGAGACAGAUGUAAUGCCUGCCUCUUGUGGCUCGUUUGUAAUCAUGAGCAAUGAUAACUCGCGGUUAGCAAGAGUCUGCAAGGAUUGGGGAUACCAAAGAGGUUCUUUCAAAGUUGGCAAAUGGGGCGCCGAGAGAGAUCAGAACAGAUUAUACGACCACACUGCUUUUGCAGCUUCAGCUUACCACUGGCUUCUUACACCAUCUGGCAGGUGGGAAUGCGACGAUUAUAACGUGGGAGUGUCCCCUGGCGAUUUUUGGAAAGUCUUUGUGCGAUAGGAAGUCAUCAUAACGGA